AUGGGCGGUUUCAGUGAGAAUGAAGAGGCUUUGAUCAGAAUCUCGUGGGAGGAAUUGAUGCAAAACUUUCCCCAUAUUAGUCUUCGUUUCUUCACUUCGAUAGUGGAGAUUGCGCCUGAAGCGAAAGACAUGUUCUCCUUUUUAAGGGAUGCGGAUGAAAUUCCUCAGAAUAAUCCUCUGCUGAGAGGCCAUGCUAUGAAGGUUUUCAAGCUGACUUAUGAAUCAGCAAUGCAACUUCGAGAGAAAGGAGAGGUGGUGGUAGAAGAUACUUUAUUGAAGUAUUUGAGCUCUGUCCACAUCAAGAAUGGAAUCCUUGAUACCCAUUUUGAGGUGCUGAAAGAAGCACUGCUGAAAACAAUCAAGGAGGCAAUGGGAGAUAGAUGGAGCGAGGAUGUGAAUCGUGUGUGGGCUGCAGCGUAUGAUGGGUUGGCAACCGCAGUAAAACAGGAGAUGAAAGAAAGUAUUGAUGGAGUCCUCCAGAUUCUCUGA